UUUAAUAAUACAUUUUUUUCUAUUUCCAUAAAAAACUCUAAUCCAAUUGAAAUAUUCUAUUAAUUCGUUCUUCUUGUAUCGUGUCGAUUUCAAAUUUGCAAAUUUCACGCCAAUAUUCAUUCUUACGAAUUUUCAGAAUAUAUCACAGAUGUCGCCCCAAUGGCGUUUUAUUUAUUGCAAAAAAAAAUGUCGGAAAUUUUCAUGGAUAAUAUAUAAGUUAUAAAAAUAUUUAUAAAUAUAAGUAUUCUUACUUUUUUAUUUCGAAGAUAUAAGAUUUGAUACACGUGGAAUGAAUAAAUAAAAUGAAAAUUUAGGACGAAGAUUCUAGAGGAUCCGGCUAUGAUACGUGGCCAUUGCUAGAAGAUCCGCACGAAGAAGGAGAAGGAAGAAGAAUGGAAAGGAGAAUCUCGGUCAGUGGGCCUUUUCUCACAUCGUGAUGGUGUGGGGCCUCGUUCGUGGCUUGGGACCACCUAGGAAUCUCUUGCAAAAGUAUCCAAUCUUCUAAAGAAUUUUCUUUCUUUCUAAAUUCUUUUUCCUGUUCUCUUUUGUUCGUAAUACAGAGCGAGUCAAAAGUUCUUAAAAGAUAUAAAAAAAAUCGAUUACUUUUUUCGUGAUUUUUUUAAGCUUAUAGUUAGGCUUGUAGUUUUUCUGCAAAAAAGAAAAGAAAAAGAUUAACCUUGAAUAGUUUCGUAAAAGAGUAAUUAAUUUUUAUAAUCAUCUAAAAACUUUUGGGCCAUUUUGUAUUUUCAAAAGUUUCUUAUUUCUGAGAUAUAUUUCAUGUAUAAACGUAUGCGUUUUGUACGUGAUAAUAUGAUUAAAAUGUUCCAUAAAAGUCGAUCGAAUAAUAUACGAUAAAAAUUUGCUCGUUUCGAAAAAAGAAAAUAAUGGGAAAAUAGUGUUCGUAUUUCAUAAAAAAAAAGAAAGAAAGAAAGAGAGAGAGAGAAGGCCAAGUGGUCUGUAUACUUGAUUGCAUGUGCUACGUUCUGAUAACGGACGUUGACUGCGGCAAGGUAAUUCCGGCUGGUUUUGGGUCAUUUGGCCGAUCGAUGGUCCGUUUCGUUUGUUAUAGAAAUGAUCGGACAUGAUCACUGAGAACUUGAUUAAUCCUAUAAAAAUCUGAAAUUGAUUCGUAAUAAUCUUGCGUUGGAUCAUUUAUUAUUACAGUUCUCGUAAUCUAUCACAUUAAUUUUAUUACGUUUCUUUUAUACCUAUGCAUUAUCGUACUAAUAUCCUUAGAAUAUAAUUAGAAAAUAAUUUUUAUUAUAUAAUAUUCUCUUCUUUUUUCUUUUAUUUUUAACAUAUAUCAAUGUUUUCUUAAUUCGAAUAAUAAUAAUAAUAAUAAUAAUAAUAAUAAUAAUAAUUCCUUAACAAAAAUAUAAAAUAUAAUAUAAUUAUAUAGAAGAUAAAACAUUUCCAAUUUGAAUUAGAUCGAACAAAAAGUUUGUUAAAUAACAGAAUUACAAUUUUUUAUUAUUCUUCUUUUAUUUCAAAACGAUUCAAUCAUCUUCCUUUUAUAUCAAAUCUGAUUAAUCUAAAAAAAAAGAAAAAAGGAAGAAGGAAAGAAAAAAAGAAAAAAGAAGAGGAAAUAAAAUAUUUCGAAAGAUCUAAACGCAAGGAAUUUGGAAUAUUGAUCGAAAUCGAUCGCGCGUUGGAACAGGUCGAUGGCGUUCUCGAGGUAUCCGAAGAACGAUCGUCGAGAAGAGCGUUGAAAUUUUAUAAGGGGGUCAUCAUACGAGGCCAGCUCCGGUCUGGUUGAACGCAUCGAGCCAGGACAGUCUUCGGUCGUCGUCCGAUCUGGACUGAGCGGCGAUACGUAAGAGUUCGAAUAUCUCUCUCUCUUUAAUAUCCGAUGUGUAACGAAUGUGACACGAACGGUUUCAUGAAAUUGUGAUAGAUUUUUUUUUCUUCCUCUUUCAAUUUUUUACAAGUGCGAUAAAUAAAUAAAUAAAUAAAUAAUCGGAACUGUGCAAUAAAGAAGAAGCUAUUCGAUACCAUCGUAUCAUUCUAUUCGAAUAAAUUAUUCUCAAGAUAUAGCGGUUGGUCAAAACACCACUUGAUGCGUUGAGGAUGCAACGUGAUCUUUGCAACGGUGGGCUUGCAUGCGCCGUUGUGUGGGUGUCAUCGACCUGCCUUCUUCUUCUUCUCUCAUUGUCAUCCUCGGUUGGAGCUGAGUCAUCUCUCAAAGCCACAGGUCGAUGUCCAUCGUUCGAAGAGCAAAACGUCUGCCCAUCGAGGUCACCAACCUGUAAGGUAGAUUCCGAAUGUCAAUUAUCCGAAGAACGUUGCUGCAAAACAGCCUGCGGAUUAAGAUGCGUCGGUAGCGAGCUAUCAGGAUGCGAGCAGUUGGCUUUGGCGGCUGUUAAGAGAUUCCGUGCGCUUGACAGAUGGACUGUAGUACCGCAAUAUAUACCAAAAUGUAAUAACAAAACAGGAGAUUUCGAGAGGGUACAGUGUGAUCCCGAAAAAAAACGUUGUUGGUGCGUCGACGAGAAGAUUGGUAGUGAAAUUCCUGGAACGAAAGGAUCUAACAUCGAUAAUAUUGAUUGUAACAACCCUCGACCAUGUCCAGCACAUUCUUGUCGAAUGUUUUGCCCGCUUGGAUUCGAAAUCGAUUCGAACAGUGGAUGUCCCAAGUGUGAAUGCAGAGAUCCAUGUCGUGGUAUAACUUGUCCAGGUCCGGGUCAGAUAUGCGAAUUAAUCGAUGUACCCUGUGCACGUCCUCCAUGUCCACCCGUGCCAAGCUGUCGUAAAGCAAAAUCUCUCUUCAAUGUAUGCCCGGCAGGUGAACCUUUGCAAAUCACAGAUUCGUUGAGGCCAUUUCUAUGCGGUAAUACAGCAGGAAAACCAAGUUGUCCGCCGAUGUAUAGAUGUCUGGUAGAUCCGAGACAAGAAUAUGGGGUUUGUUGUCCCUCAAAUUUCAAUUUAACAAGAGCUGGUACUUGCCCAAACGAGGAACCAACGAUUUGUGGUAGAACGUGUCAACACGAUUUGGAAUGUCCACCGCCACAGAAAUGUUGUCAAAGUGAACACUGCGGUGGUAGUUGUUUUAUCCCUGAAGAUCUUAGCGUAUGUCGCCAUGAUCGUAUGUUAGCGGAAAUGUUAAGUAUUUCAGAAAAACAAGGCCGAGGUUACAUACCGCAAUGUACGGAAGAAGGAGAAUUUCAAACUAAGCAGUGUUCGAGGAACGGCCUGGUAUGUUGGUGCGUCGAUGAUGAUGGUCGAAAGAUAUCUGGUUCAAUGGGACCAGCUGAUAAAGUAAAUUGCACAUCGAUUGCCAAGGCAAGAUCUCUCUCGACAUCUUGCAUUCAACAACAAUGCGCUCAAGUUUGUCAAUAUGGAUUUAAAACCGAUUCUUCCGGUUGUUCUACGUGCGAAUGUGAUAAUCCUUGCGAGGGUUUUCCAUGCCCACCUGAAGAAGAGUGUGUGCUCAAACAAGAAACGAAUUGUCCCGAUUUUCUUUGUCCUACCAAGCCAGAAUGUAAAGCCAAAAGAACUUAUAAAAGUCCUUGCAUUUUUGGCACGCCUUUGAGUGACGAAGAAGGUAAUGCGAUCACGUGUUCUAACAAUCAGACCUGUCCAUAUAAUUACGCAUGUACGGUGGUACCAGAAGCUGGACAAUCGGUCUGUUGCGCUAUACCAUCGACUGUAAUAAAAAAAUUAUCAAUGUGUGAAUAUCUACGAGACUUUGGUGAACGAAUGGAAGGUACAAGAGAAGGUAUGUCCUUGGCUGUUCCUCCACCGCAAUGCGAGGAAAAUGGUAGUUACAAGCUCUUGCAAUGUCAUAAUGGUACCUGUGCUUGCGUGAAUCAACAUGGAGUUAUUCUGCGUGGCGACGUGAGUCCUGGGACCGAUUGUAAAAGUCUUAAGAAUCCUUGGCAAGUUUGUACUCCGAUAUCGUGCGAUUUGGUUUGUCCUUACGGUUACGACAUAGAUACGAAUGGUUGCGAGCAAUGUAAUUGCCACGAUCCUUGUAAGGAUGUGUCUUGUGGCUUACGGGAAGUUUGCACAAUGGUGGACGUAAAUUGUGGCACGGGAGAAUAUUGUCCACCUGUUCCUGCGUGUCUCACAACGAAACCAGGACAAUGUCCUUACUUGGUACCAAGUUCGUCGAGCUGUGAAUUACAAUGUAGUAACGAUCAAGAGUGUUCGAGUUCGGAUAAAUGUUGUUCAACAGGUUGUGGUACGCAAUGCGUAGCACCUGUCAUGGCCACCGCUUGUCAACAUGCACAGGCUGUAGCCGAACACGCAGCUAGAGAGUCUGGUGAACCAGCAAGAAGAAUUUAUAUACCUAGAUGUGACGUCAAUGGUGCAUUCGAGGCAGUCCAAUGUCACAACGGUAUGUGCUGGUGCGUCGACGUGGAAGGAAGGGAAGCUGCAGGUACACGCGUUCUCGAGGGUAUCAUACCGAGAUGUAACAAGCCUCAAAGAUGUCCAGAAAUCGAUUGUAAGCUCGAUUGUCGAUCGGAAGGUUUUGAAUUGGAUCUCGAUACUGGUUGUCCUACGUGUUCCUGUAGAGAUCCUUGUAAAAGAGUAACUUGUCGUGGUGAGAAUGAAGCUUGUAGAAUGGUCGAGGUGGCCUGUAGCAUACCACCUUGUCCACCUGUACCAGUUUGUCUACCGAAGAAGGAUAAUCCAUGUCCAAAUGGAACGCCGCUUCUAGAUCGAAACAGAUUACCUGCUACUUGUGGUCCUCACGGUCAUCAAUGUCCAUCUACACACAAAUGCGAGUUAUCGCCAUUAGAUGAAUACGCUGUUUGUUGUCCGAAGCCACGCGAGGUUUGUUUUGAACCUUUACGAACAGUACCAUGUAAUACGACGACGAUGUUCAAUAAAACAGAUAGAUGGUACUUCGAUCCAGAGAAAAACGAAUGCAGAAUAAAAACCGAAUGUACACAUGGCCAUAACGAUUUCUCAAAUCGUUUGAUAUGCGACACCGUUUGUCCUGUCUUGUCUCAAUGCGAAAGACUCCGAGAGAAAAAUUUAAAAACGUCGCAGAGAUUGAAACAAUCGACUUUCCUACCUAGAUGCAAUCAAGAUACUGGUAUGUGGGAAUCCGUUCAAUGUUUGGAACACGUCGGUGUUUGUUGGUGUGUUAAUAGGAAAGGACAACCUAUGAAGGGAUCACUUAUCAGAGGACUCGAACCAAAGUGUAACUUUAGACAAGCUAGACGAGGUGGUAGAGGUCCUGCGAAUCAAGAAAUAGAUUAUAAGAUUCAGGCUUUCAUGGAAGGUACUUUGUUGGAAUUAUUAGAAGCUGACGAGAAACAAAUGAGAAAGAUCAUCGUUACCAGAUGCCAAGCAAUGAGAGACAGAGGUCAUGUAUCGGCGAUAUGCGAUCGUCAAGGUAAAUUUGAACCUACCCAAUGCGCUGGUGAUACAUGCUGGUGCGUCGACGAAGCUGGCAAUCAAUUGGUUGGUUCAGAACCAUUCUUCAAAGGAACUAACAUAUGUUUACCAACUCCAAUCGAGGCCGUAGAAGUGAUUCUACGUUUUCCAGGAAGAUUUUCAAUAACAGACAAGGUUCGUUUUAAAGAGGAAGCAAAAAAAUUUUUAUACGAGCUCGGUGCAAGGAUCAAAGACGAUAUUGAAGUCGAUCUCGAACGUGAUUCGGCCUUUUUGAAAUUCGAUAUAAUCGGUACGAACAAGGUCGACAUAGCUUUUCAUUUGGAAGAAAUGACAAGGAUGCAGAAGCUAUUGAUGCUUGGGUCAUUGGCCGAUGAAACGACGUCACGAUUCACGCAUAAAUCUAUGCCAGUGGGUGUUGAAAACAGGAUCGUCGCGUUAGAGCAACGGGAGAUUCUAACGGAAGUUGAAGCACCUGUUUAUCAAACGGCCACUUUGGUUUUAGGAGCGGCCAGCGCCUUUGUUAUCAGCAGUUUGAUAAUUCUGCUAAUGUUGUAUCGAAAGAAGAUGAAGAUGAAGGAUCCAAGAAAAACUUUGCCAAUGGAUCAGCAUUUCCUUGCCUAUAAUCAGCAACCGGUUUACGUAAUAUCCGGUCUGGAAAAAGAUGAAAAGGAUGCAGGAGAAGCACCGGAAAAUGUUAAUCUCUCUGAAACAACUGAUAACAAUGCAUGAAUGAUUUCAUUGAGAAAAUAUGAUUAUAUAUAAUCGUUUUUCAAUCAUUCGUGCCUCAAAAUAGGAUUUAAAUAUCAUCGUUCAUAUUAAUGAAGUCAUAGCUCUUCCCUCGUUUCAUCAUAAUUCAUGAAAUAUUUAUUCAAUAUACAUAUGUAAUAACAAAAUAGCGAUUUGUACAAUCGCCGAUCGAUCAAAUUCAGAAAGGAAAUUCUUUGAUAAAAGAAUGUUUGUUGGGGUUGAGCCAAAAUUUGAUAAUUUUAAAAAUCGAUUACUCUUUCUUGAAAUAACUUUUUUUUUGGCUUAUAAUUAAGCUUUUGAUUUUACAAGUUAGACAUUAUUGUUUUACAAACUGAAAAAACAAAAAACGAAGAGCAAAAAGAAUUAGCUUGUAAAGUUUCGAAAAAUAGCAAUCGAUUUUUAAAAAAAUCAUUUAAAAACUUUGGACCUAUCUCGUGUUUUACAAACAUUUUAAUCGAAACUAAAUACAUAUCACAAUGAAUUUGAUCGAUCGUUCGGUACGGAAAGGGAGUCGAGUAUUUCUUUUCGUCUCUAUCAUCUUCCUUUCAAAGUGAUCAAUGAAAAGAUGUUACUAUCAUUUAGAUGGUUCAACGAUAUCGUUGCAUUGAUACACUAAUGUAAAUAUUAGAUCCGUACUUUUACCCCUUCGAUUAUUUAUCAAUAAAAAUCGCGAUUUACUUAGUUUCUUUUUUUAUUAUUAUUAUUUUUUUUUUAACAUUACUUUUAUUAUUUCAUAACCUCUUUGUUCGUUUUUUAUCGACAUGUACAAAUGAAAGUAUCAUCGGAUAAUACCUCUAUAAAAUUUAACUCGGUUCUUUAUUUUUAUUUAUAAACUUCCUGCAUAUGUUCGCUGCAUUAAGAUCACUCGAUCAAAACGAUCAUCGUUACAUUCCUUUUAUUUAUACUACCAACAAAUAUACAGCUAUUUUCUUUAAAAGGUUGUCAAAAGAUAUCUAAAUUUUACGAGAUAACCAAAUCUUUUGAUUGUAAACAUAUCCAGAUUGAUUUUUAUGAAAUAUAAAUAACAGUCUAUCUAAAAAUUAUUAACGUAUAAAAAUUGCACGAUAAAUCAUCGUAAUAAUAUUUAUUAAAACCGAUUCUCCAUAAAUAAAUCAUUCUUAAAUUAUUAAUCACGAAUUAAUAAUUCGCUUCUUUCCCUCUCUCUUUCUCUCUCUCCUAGUCAUAGGGGAUAUGAAAAUGGCGUUUGAAUUUUUCACUAUGAAUAUAGAUGUUCUUUUUUUUCGAAUAAAUCGAUUUUUUUAAUCAAUUCAGAUCAUUAUCGACGAAUACAAAGAAAUCGAUAUUGUUUCUCGAUACUGUUUCUUUUAUCCGCAAAAUUUAAAGAAACCAAGGACUUAUAGCUCUAUUAUAAUGCAUGCGAUGAUGACAAAAAAGAAGAGUGGGGGUGAUAGAAGAAGGGGCAAGGAACUUAAAAGAACGAAAGAUACACUUGCAUUAGAUAAACGGAGAGAUAGGGUGGGAGAAAGAGAGAGAGGGAGAGUAGAGAGUGGGAGAAAGAAAGAGAGGGAGGGAUAGAGAGAGCAAGAGAGAGAGAGAGAGAGAGAGAGGGAAAGAAAGAGUAUGAAUGGAAGGGAGAAAGAGAGAGAGGGAAAGAAAGAGUAGGAGUGAGAAGGAGUGAGAGAGAGAUUGCAAGAGAGAGAGGGAAGAAAGAGAGAGAGAGAGAGAGAGAGUAUCGCGGUAAAAGGAAACAAAAAGUGAGAUAUAAAAUAAACGAGAAAGAAAGAGAGGGGAAGAAAGAGAGAAAAAGAAGGUCUGUGUACGACGUGCGUAAUUUAUACGUCAUAUCUCUCAGCUUUAUCGUUGACUAAUGCAUCGGUAUUUACGUUGAUUGACCUUGAACCUCAAGGAAAAUUGCGAGUGAAAAUAAAUUUAAAGUGGAGCGAUUCAGGUA